AUGGAGCACCCAUGUUCAGUGGGAUUUCUUCUACUUCUGUCACUGUUGUCGUUCGGUGCUUGUGCGCAUACUCCGGCUUCCCAGAACCCAGUGAUUUGUAAUCACAGUGACUUGAAGGCUUUGACCGAUUUCUCUACCUGCUUUGAAUCGGCCAUUCUUGACUGGAACCGCUCUGCCUCCUCCGAUUGCUGCACUUGGCCUGGUGUUACAUGUGAUAACAUAACUGGUCUAGGCACGAGGGUGGUAAGCUUGGAACUUGGCAACAGAGCACUUACUGGAAGAUUCUGUGAACCACUUUCAGGUCUUGAUCAAUUGAGAUUCUUGAACCUGUCUUACAAUUUCUUCACAGGGUUUCUUCCUGAUGAAUUGUUUUGUCUGCAAAACUUGGAGGUGAUUGACUUGAGCAACAAUGGUUUUGUGGGCAAAAUCAACAUAUGCAAUUGUGCAUCUUCCAAUCGGCUUCAGGUGCUUAAAAUGUCAAAUAAUUAUUUUUCCGGGAGCAUACCAGAAAGUUUACGUAAUUGUUCUUCUUUGCAUCGUCUAUCCAUCAAUGGAAACAGUCUAUCAGGGAGAUUACCUGAAAGCAUAUUUCAGUUGCGGAAUCUGAAGGAACUAUAUAUGCAGUACAAUGAGCUCUCAGGGCCACUGAAUAGUGAGAUUGGUAACCUGUCAAACCUAGUGAAAUUGGACAUUUCCAGAAAUGGCUUUUCGGGGAUUCUCCCGGAUAUCUUUAACAGCCUCACGAGGCUUGAGGUUUUCUCUGCAGGACGGAACAGAUUCACACGUCAGUUGCCAACAACACUGGUAAAUUCUCAAUCUCUUCAGAUUCUCAGUUUGACUAAGAACUCUUUUGGUGGUUCCAUUAAUAUGAAUUGCUCUGCAAUGAAAAACCUUACUUCACUUUGUCUUGGUGCCAACAAUUUUCUCGCUCCAAUCCCUGGUAGUUUAUCAGAUUGCCCCAGAUUGGAAGCAAUAAGCCUUUCCUCCCAAAAUCUCAGCGGUGAAGUUCCCGUCAGCUUUAAAAAAUUUGCGUCCUUAACCGCUCUUUCACUCUCAGGUUCUGCUCUACGUAAUAUAGCUUCAGCUCUAAAUAUUUUACAACAUUGCAGAAACUUGAGAGCUCUAGUCCUUACAAAUAACUUCCAUAACGAAGAAAUGCCAGAAGAUCCAAUUAUAGGGUUCAAGAGUCUCGAGGUUUUAAUACUGGCCAAUACUCAAAUCAAAGGCUCAGUUCCAGAGUGGUUGAGGGGAUGUAAGAUGUUGCAAUUUUUGGAUUUGUCAUGGAACUCUUUAAGUGGAAGCAUCCCCUCUUGGAUUGGCAGGUUCGAUCAUCUUUAUUAUUUAGACUUGUCGAAUAAUUCCUUCACCGGUGAAAUGCCAGAAAGCUUGACCAUGAUUUCAAGCCUACAAAACAGCAAUUUCUCAUCACGAGGGACUUGCUCAUCUCCAUGCUUGUCCUUCUACAGCAUUCGAACUAGAAGGGAUGCUCAAACUCCACAACGAAACAGGUUGGAGUAUUCCAGUCUUUCAAGGUUCCGUCCAUCUUUAAUGCUGAGUCACAACAAGCUUGAAGGAUCCAUAUGGCCAGGUUUUGAAAAUCUGAAAGGCCUUCAUGUGAUGGAUCUCAACCACAACAGACUCUCAGGAGUAAUUCCUGAUGGGUUAUCAGAGAUGACAAUGAUGGAGAAUCUGGAUUUGUCUCAUAACAGGCUCAAAGGGGAAAUACCACUAUCGUUGGUAAAGCUGAGUUUUUUAUCUGCAUUUGAUGUGUCUUAUAAUCAGUUGCAAGGGGAGAUUCCGAAGGGAGGUCAGUUUGAGACAUUUCCAUCUUCAAGCUUUGAAGGAAACAUGGGACUCCGUCGAUCUGGUCCUGUUCUUCCUAAAGCGAUGGAGGCUCCAACUCCAACGUCUCCCCACAAAGAUGCCGAGUUGACAUAUUUGUCAUUUAAAUUCGGGGCUGCAACUGGUUUUGUUAUUGCCUUCACCAUUUGGUUCUUUCAUGGAUGGUGGUCUCCAUGGGCUGUUAUGCGCGUAUACAACCGACGGAGGAAUUAACGCCGGCACGGUGAAGCUUGCUGGUGUUCCUGGCCUUCUGGGUAUCAUGAUAUUAUAUCGUUUUCAAAACUCAACGUAACUUGGUCUCUUUUUUUUUUUUUCAGCCAUCCUCAGCGUAACUUUGUCGUUUAACGGGUUUAGCUCAAGUUGUUGAAUAAUAAUUAAUAGAAUAUGAAACUCAAGGUGACUCU